CACCACGUCCAUCCCGGCGACCUCCCCUAUGCCACUCCCGUCUUGCGCGCAGCCUCGCCCAGCGGCUCCAUCAACACCGAGUACGGCCCAGAUGAAACUUCCCAAUCCGACCUCGACCUUUCCCCGGAAGAGUUUGAGGAGAAAGUUGCUAUGAGUCUGGGUCUCCACGAGCAGAGAGAACACGAGAUCAGCGCCGAGUCGAAGUCGCUGUUGCUGCCAAAGCCCAAAUCUGCUGCAGAGGAGAAAUUGAUGUUCGAGCAAGUCAUGCGUUCUCUCCGGUGGCAUGUCCAGCAACUCGAGGAGAACGAGAUGAUCGAGAGCAUGCUUCUGCAAGGGUCGCGCAUCGCGCUCGAAACACAGCCUUCCUCGGACAACGUCGACGCGAUCAUGCAGACCAUGAUGGGCCCACCGCUCUCC